AGAUAUGGCUCAGAAUAGAAGCCAGUGGCAAUCCUGCUGUAACCUUCUUUUACUUUCUUCAUAGAAAGUGGUUGUGUCUCCCUUACCUGAAAGAUUUCUUCCGAUUGUACCUUUGCGUUCCCUGAUUACUAGCACAUUACCUUACACCAAUCUCUUCGUUAUUGUUCUCUCUUUUUUUGUUGCGCCCCUUAGCUUUUUUUUCUUUCUUUGUAUUCCUCUCGAAUUUUCAUUGUUUUGUGUGGCGCAUAUAUAUUGGCGCUCUCCUGUACCAAUAUUCAUGUGUCCAAAUAAAUAAGAAAUCAAGACAGUUAUCACCAAAGAGCUGAUUCAUCAUUCUCUUCAUGCAUUGCCCCAUAUAUUUACAUCAUCUGAAGUAAGGAUCUUGAAAAAUACUUUGUGGUAGGUCGUUCAUGUUUAUUAGUAGUGGCUGUAAUCUCUUCAAUAUUUUUUUAGCAAAUCUGAUCACUGGCACUAUUAAACAAAACAACUCUCCAUGUAUAAAAUGUAAUACAUCCCUUUAUAAUGAAGUGCCAUUCAAAUUACAGUCGGUAUUUCUUGUACUCAAACGUAUUUUAAACAUUCAGCUAAUGAAUAUAAUGGAUGAGUAUAAGACUGAAAGGAAUCUAGAGGCUGGUGAUUCUGUAUUGAUGUUAUUUCCAAUUAUAUAUUGAGUUAAAUGAAAUGAUUUUGAAUGACACCCAGAGUUUUCAUAUUUGAAAGUUCUAAUUGUGAGAUGUAAAUGAUUGGAGAUCAGAGGAUUGGUUUAGCCCAUUCUCAAUAAACACAGUUUACCCAAACUACUUGCAAACGUGUUCAAAUAAGUUUUCGUCACUAUUUAUGGAUUGUAGUUUUUAUUUGUUAAAUUGCCUCAUAGUUCCACGUCUCGUUGUCUAAUAUCAUUUUUAGUAGUGUUUAACAAAAAAUGGAUCCAGUCCUGACACCAGAAAUGAUACAUAUCGGACCUCGCCAUUAUAGGAAAAAUGCAUCAAAGCAAUGUUUUGUUCAGCCCUUUCCUACGUCCAUUAGUCAAAUCGAAGAGGUUCCAGAUGUUGAAGAAGUAGAUAUAGAUGAAAAUGAUCCAGAAACUAUGGAAAUAAACAGGAAAAUUAUGGCAGUUGAUAAUGGGUAUACUGCUUCGUUUAAGGUUCCACCGUUAUUUCACAAGUUCAUUGUUGGUGUUCAACACUCAAAAAAAAAACUGUUAGAAGACGAAUUUCGUUGUUACAUUGAUAUCCCGAAUUCUGGUUCUAGUUCUUCAAUGGUCUCUGUUACUGCGACGUCAAGAUUUAACGUUUUAAAUGCAUGUCGUCGUAUUCUCUGGAUAGUGACUGAUGCACGUAAUCGGUGUCAACCAACUCAUUUCAUUUGUUUACCAGUUACUUGUCCAACUGUUAAAGAUAAUUUUCAGACAUUCAAACAGUCUGUUUUACAAGCUGCUAGUGAAUGUCCUCAUGAUUUUAUGGGCGUGGAUAGUUCUAUCUUUCAUUCAGUGUCUACGUUACACUUCACUUUGGUAACUCUUGUGUUGGCUGAUGAAUCCGAAGUUGAAAAAGCAUGUGAAAUAUUAAAGACUUUCUACAAAUCUCAAAGAGGUAUUCAGUUGUUUGCAUCUGGUCCUCUCCAACUAACUAUUAAAGACCUUGAAUAUAUGAAUGACGACCCUACUUCUGUACAUGUACUUUAUGCAAAGCUGAUGGAAUCAUCAGAUUCACAAAGACUACAAACAAUUGCUAAUGAACUAUUGAAUCUACUUACUGAACAAAAUCUAACCAGCACUGGGUCAUAUCGUCCGGAUAAUAAUGUAAAAUUACAUAUGACUUUACUUAAUUCUAAGUAUCGUCAGGAAAAAAGCAAUCGUGACGCUUCAUUUCAAGGUUUCUCACCUAAUACUCGUACAUCGUUCAGCAUAACCGGGAUUUUAAAAAUUGCAGGAAAUUUUUACUUUACUGAAAAUCAGUCUUUUCAUCAAAUUUGUUUGUGUGAUCGUUUGUCAUUUGAUUCUUCAACCCAGUUUUAUAAAUGCUGUUGUAAGCUAGAGUUCACUACUGAUGGUAUCCAUUGUUCUCACAUCAAUAAAAUGUGA